AUGUUUCAUGAUCCAGCAGCCCCUGGGAUGGGAGCCCCAGCGAAUAAGCCGGAACUAUACGAGGAAGUGAAGUUAUACAAGAACGCCCGGGAGCGAGAGAAGUACGACAACAUGGCUGAGCUGUUUGCUGUGGUGAAGACAAUGCAGGCUCUGGAAAAAGCCUACAUCAAGGACUGUGUCACCCCCAACGAGUACACUGCAGCUUGCUCCCGCCUCCUAGUCCAAUACAAGGCAGCCUUCAAGCAGGUCCAAGGCCCGGAAAUCAACUCCAUCGAUGACUUUUGCCGUAAAUUUCGGCUCGAUUGCCCGCUGGCCAUGGAGAGGAUCAAGGAAGACCGGCCGAUUACCAUCAAGGAUGACAAGGGCAACCUCAACCGCUGUAUUGCGGACAUCGUGUCGCUCUUUAUCACAGUGAUGGACAAGCUGCGCUUGGAGAUCCGGGCAAUGGAUGAGAUCCAGCCUGACCUCCGGGAAUUGAUGGAGACCAUGAACCGCAUGAGCCACUUGCCCCCGGACUUCGAGGGGCGGCAGAAAGUGAACCAGUGGCUGCAAACCCUGAGUGGCAUGUCGGCUUCGGACGAACUGGACGACUCUCAAGUGCGGCAGAUGCUCUUUGACUUGGAGUCCGCCUACAAUGCCUUCAACCGCUUCCUGCACUCGUGAGGACGGGCUUUGGGCCUCGUCGACAGCGGCCACAUCAUGUGGUUAUAGAGCCAUUGUGCCAGGAAUGAAAAUGUACAUUCCUCCCAUUGUCGCUCUGAAUGCGAAGACUCGUUUCCCCUCCUUUGGGGUGGGAAAAAGAAACUCCCUCUUGUUACUGUUUAAGUUCCAUGGCUCUCCUGUUUUCUCAUUCAUUGCAUUGUAUAGUAUUUGUGUCCACUUCUCUAAGGGGGUGGGGUGGGGAGGGAGUCUAAUAACGCACCACGGAAGGCGGCAAACGACAACUAACUCUCUUUGCCACCUAAAGGGGGUCAGUGGUGGGGCAGGUAAAGUCUGUGUGGUGCUUGUAUUUAUUUGAGUGUUGCUUUUGCCUCAGAGAGGCAGACUCUAGCAGUCUGAAGCAAAUAAAAAAUCUUUCUACAUUCACAAA